AUGCGCAUGCCGCAACCGGUUCGUAGAAAGCCAGGAGCAACUCCCGUAGACAAUCUCAAAACAGGCACAUCUGAACAGCGCUAUAAGUUCGCUAAUGCGGGGGAUAUUGAGCGUGGCCUCGAAUCUCAGGACGAGGCGGGACUUGUUGCAGCCUUGACUGCUCUCCGUAACCAGCUUACUGUCAAACACGACGAAUCUCCGCUAUCUGCAAACGAUGAACGUAUAUUGCUCGUGAAGUCAUGGCUGGAGGUCUCGUCCGGAGCGAGGCGGAUUUUUGAUAUAUGGGAAAACGCAAGUCUGCGGCAAAUGUCCCUGACAGCGCUUCUAAUCAACGUACUUUCUUCAGUCCUAACACUCUUGUCUUCGCAUUAUCUAUAUCAUGGCCUGGCGCAACCAAUUCUCAAAACGCUGCUAUCGUCACAAUGGUCGCAGCGACUCAAUUCCUAUCUGGGAGGCUCGCACAACGAGCUACUGCUUGUGACUCUGAAAAUGUUCAACAGUAUGUCUACUUUUGCCGGUGGCAGGGAGCGUCGGAACGUAUUUGAGGUUUUUGCAUGGGAAACGAAGUCGCUUCUCAAGUUGCUGCAUAUGAGACGCAAAGGCAAGCCUGAUUUUAGCGCCGAUAUCAUCGCUCGUCCAGACAUUCGAACUCUUUUUGUCCUAUUCUUGCUAUCGUUUGUCGACAAUACUACAGCAAGCGCGACGAAAGCGGCCUUUCUCGAGCAACGCCGCGACACAUUUGGCUCUCUAUUCAAGGGGUUGUAUCAAGACCAGCACGUACUUAUUCGAAGAGUCCUUGAGGUGUGCUGGACUGGCAUCUGGUUGGAUCCGAAGGUGCCGCGGACAGCAAAAAUUGCCUUGUUCAACGAGUCCGUACUAGCUCAGUUGACCAGAAUAUAUGAACGUGCCGAAGCUGAGGACAACGAUCCCGAGCAUGUUCCUGCGGAUGUAGUCCACCACUUCUUGCUUGCUAUAUGCACGCAUCCAGGUAUUGGAGUUUGCUUUAGGGAUAAAGGCUGGUACCCUCGUGAGCUCGAUACUAAUGAAAACGUCCCUCGCCACGAUGAUGAGAUGGUGGAUAAUGAUACACCACGUAGAUGCGGGAGAGUCCACAACAAGAUUCUAGCCAAUGUACUAAGGUCGCUGAAGGUCAACGAGGAUUUACGACAGCAAGAACUCGCCCUGAAAAUUUUGUCGUCAUGUCCGGAGCUAGUGUCCGGAUAUUGGUCCUCAGCCUCCCUAACAUUGGAACCUCGCCUGUCCUCGAAAUGGCUCACCAACAUUGCAUUCUUCGGAUCUGUAAUCUCUCUACCUGUUCCUGAGCCCAGCUUCCUGCUAUCGGAUGGCCGAGAUCAAACUUCGUACCAACCUGUUCCACCGCCUCUCAACACUGUUGUCGAGAAUAUUCUCCCAUCGGUGAACAUCAAGACACACCUGUCUCGUGGAUUACAGUCCUCAUCGGGCCUCGUCAGGCAUUGCAGUGCGCUGGCACUGGCCAAAUGCCUAUUAAAGUAUCAAGCCGUCGUGGGCUCUCUUGAGGUGGUUGGAGAGGCUCUAGAAGAAGAUGAAGAGGGGUUAUGGCAUACACGGCGUCGCGAACUUGAAAGAGAAGUUCGAAGAAGGGUACCCGAUUUCCAAGUCAUAGUGGCUUUUUCUCAGCGAUCGAAUGAAGCUGCAAGCACAACUCCGAGUGUCUCUAAUUCGGAUACACUCGAGAGCAUCAAACUUCCAGCCAAGCAAGCGACCAACGAUACCCAAUCAGCACUACUUUCCGAGAGUGCACAGCGACUGUUGUGGCUGUAUCACCGUUCAUUGCCUAUGCUUGUGGCAGAAGCGCGUUUCGAUGUUGGUAAACUCUUGGCCGGGUUCCAGCACGGUAAUUGGUCGAUCAACGCCUCGGGUUCAAGCACAAUACUGGGUUUUGAUGCCCUCCGCCAGCUCCACACAUUGAGGUUGUUGGGCGAGAGCGAACAAUUCAACUGGGCUGGGAAAACAGGUUCCUCGAGCAAUUUUCAUGUACUCUUGAGGUUGUACACAGUUUCCGAGAGUUCAGCCACUCGUGAAGCCAUCUCGUCUCUCCUUCGACGCGUUCUCUCCCAGAGCCUUCUAUUUCAACACCAUGCGGAUGAAGUCUCGAUAUGGCUGGAGUCUCUUCCGCACACAAUUCGUUAUACAGACGCUCGGGCUCCGGACGGGUCGUCGCUGACAGACGAGAAAAAUGAUGUGAUCACAUUCCUGGAUGGCUGCGCUCAACGUUGUGCUAAAACGCCACAUUUAUAUAUCGAGGAGUUGGAAAAUAUCGUGCCAGAACUGAUCGAAGGCGAUGAAAACAGCUAUGGUGAGACUAUAUCCCGUGGUUCCGACGACCCUCGUUACCUCCCAAGUCCGCUGGUGAUGACCGUCUUGGAACAGCUCAAUAUCAAGAUGAGAGGGAGGCUGUUGUCUGAUUCUCACACGCUAUCCAUUGUGACUUUUGUGCGGAUGCUUAUCCAAAAGCUAUCUAGCAAGGUGUUGAACUUGGGUAUCCUGUCGCAAAUUGCUGGGAGGGUCGUGACCAUUGUGCGACCGCACUAUGAUUCCUGCCGAGAUCAGUCCUUGCCUUCAGGCAUAAUGCGUGAGCUAGGAUUGAUGGGAGGAGCAGACCUCACGAGGCUCCAAUCAUACGCCGAAGACGCAAUGGGCACUGGUGACGUCACUGUCGAGGAAUUUCUUGCCAAAGUUGAGGACUUACCCACUUCAGUAGAGCCAACAAUGAGACUUACAUUGGCAUAUCAACUUAUUGAUUGGUUUCGUCUAGUGGAGCUACCGAUUCGCGCUGAUAUUACUAGGCUCUUUCUGACGUUGGAGAAUUUGAGCAAAAGGGCUCUCGAAGACUUCAUCCGAUUUAUAAAAUUGGAUCAACAUUCAAUCUGGAUUUGCUGGAACAAUGAAGUCCAGAUCAAAGGGCUGAUGACUGUGUGCGCAGCUUUCUGCGAAGAUAUAUUACCAUUGCUAAUUCCAUCCUGCAGAUUUGACUUUGAAGUUUUGCUCUUCCACGCAAGCGCAGAUGUCAUCUCCGACUCGCAAUCGCGCCAGAUUUUAGCCGAUUCUUUGACGCGUAAACAGCCUACUCUAUUCGAAAUGCAGCGAGCAGCAAUGCUCGUCGUUCAUAGGCUACCAUCUCAUGGCAUAAGAGAUCCGAGCUUCACGCCUUUGAUGAUGCUGCUAGCCUCUGUGAUCUCUGCUGCGCGAGCGACACUAAACCGAAGCGAUGUCGUGGACCUAAUACGGUAUGUUUUCCGUCUGGAGGCCGUGCGCGGCUACCUCACGGAUCCCCUGCCCUCAGUCAUAGAAGCAGGUCGAGAAAUAUUGAUGACCACCUUCUCCAGUCCUUUGAGCGACAUAGCCGAUUUGCUCGCUGAAUAUAGCCAUCAGUGGGCAAUGAACAUCAAGGAGCGUAUGGGUGGUAUGACUGAUGGCCAAAGCUUCCCGGCUGGGCUGUGGCUCAAAUUCAUGACGCAGGACGACCUACUCUCUCUUCUCGAUCAUUUAACACAUGAAGUGGUUACUUCUCAAUCCGACCCUCCCAUUUUGCUAGUUGACGACCUUGUUAAAGCAAUCAUACCUCUGUCGUCAUCCAGCCCUCGGCUAUUGACAUCUCGGCGAUCCGGUAUUCUAGCCCUGAGCUCCUCUUUUCCGCGUUCGCAUCCUCUCCAGAAGGUUGUCGCCAUCUCAUGUCAGGGUAUGCUCGCUCUCUGUCACGACGGGCUCCCAAUGGGUCAUAUUCAUGAGGGCAAGCUAUUCAACGUGGUCGCCAAGGCCCAAGACCAAUGGCCGCCGCUCGCUGCUGCUGGGCCCGACACAAUUGAUGUCCACGAAUUCCUAGCUACGGAACGGUGGUCACAUUCGACAGUGGACAUCGUCACUGGGCAGUUAUAUAUGCAAUCGGGUGCUAGAGAUGUAGUGAUGAAGUGGCUCCAUACUCAAUCUCCGGCUGAAUGUGCCCCUGAUCAUCUCGCACGGGUCAUAUACUGCCUCCUGGAUGCUGGCAGCUCAGCUGAAGAGGGGGAUGUAGAGUUCUUCGUACCGCACUUCUCUCGGAUUAUACGUGCUAUUGCGCUAGGGAAGACGUCCAGUUAUUCGAUCCAGGGCAGCGCAAGCUGCACCGAGUGCGUUAUUAUCAUGUUACGACAACUACCAUCGAUUCGGCCGUCACUACUUUCAGCUUUGCACAAAGAGUCCGAAGUAUCGGGGAGGCGUCCUCUUUCACCACAAAUUCUGGAUCUGGUCGGGCAGCUGGCUCGGUUGAAGAUACCUAGUGUUACUGAAACUAUCGACAGCCUUGUGGAUGCCGGACUUCGGUGGGCAGCUCCAGAGCUAUCUGGAGGCAGCGAUUUAUCUGAGGAGCAAAGCGAAGUUUUACGCCAGCUUACGUUCCUUCUCCCGUAUGCGUCGACGGUCAAAAGUCAUCUUGCAGAACCUGUCGUGACGGCCAUCAUUGAUGGACAUCUGUCGCACUAUGAGGUCCUAUGUCUACUUCAAAAGCUCUUUGAAACCACUCGGAUGAAACCUGCGACGGUGAAUAGAUUUUUACAAAACAUCGUUCAACGACCCGACUUGUUCACCCUGUGUGCAUUGAUUACCUCGGAUUCGAGUGCAACAUCUCCGCGAGACGCUAUCAUCCUAGUCCUGCAUACACUUUUCCAUUUACAUCCCACGAACACUUGCCAAGCUACACACGUUGAACCGUUGGUCAGACUGUAUGCGGGCUCUUUGGCAGAAGCGGACCGCAAACUCCUUUCUAUCUUCCAACUGUUCGAGACGACCAGGAAGGCAUCUGUGGCCGGUUUCUUCAGCUACUGGUCGUCCACGCAAGGCAUACGGUCCAGCAGUUCACUCGAUGCCAUCCAAAGCUUAGAUCCGAGCCGCAUUUUCAAGACGUGUCUCACUCUCCCCCGUAUGCGACGUUCGCAAGACAGCAUGUGGCAGGAUCAUGAUUUGGAUCGUCAGUUGUACGACCCGACGUUUGUUGUCCUACUGUUUGCCCAAAUGCUUGCGGCCGAACCCCCCUCAUCGGCCCUGGGUUGGGUGCAGACAUUCAGGACCAACGUCGUCAGCUUGCUUAUCUGCGAAAUGUCCGCCAAGGACAAUACGCGGAGGACGAUGGCCAUAUCGCAGCUCGCGGCUCUGUACAAAAAGCUCCAGGAAGCUGAUAUCCAAGAGAAGUCUUUCGUGACCCACAUCUUAGAUCUUGUUCGUGACGCUCUCCCAUCUCCGGGGGACGGUGACGCUCCGCGCCUCCCGGCAUACACGACACUUCUCUUUGCACACGCCCUGCGCGGUGUCUUCUACCCCGCAUACUUCAUCUACCCGCUGACUGCACGCUUCCUCUUGCAACGCCCUGUCUUUGACACGGGGGACGUACCAAUGCUGUUUGGAAUGCUCUACAGCUCGUCAGAUCAGUGGAAGAAAGAGCGUGCGUGGAUGAUACGGCUGCUGGCGGAUGGGAUGGUCGGAGGCGACGAGUGGCGAGUGCUGAAGAGGCGGCAUACGUGGGACUUACUUGCAAGCUUAUUGCAAAGCGAGAGCCGGGAUGCCAAUUUGCGACGCGGGAUUCUCGAGUUCCUUGCGAACGUGACGUGUCAUACACGCGCAACAACGUCUCUAAUACUUAAAUCGUCUUUGUUAUCAUGGAUCGAGCUUCAGCUACGCGGCAUACGCGACGGAGAGAGCUUAGCGUGGGCCAGGAUCUUGGAGAACAUCCUUGUCGUUGCAGACUUUGUCAAACUGGAGACGUCCACAAGUGGAGAAUGGCGCUCCAUCCUCGCUCGGUGUCUCAUGAGCGUGUUGGACAGUGCAGACUGUAAUACUGGUGGGUUUUGUUGCGUCGUGCAGGCCACCCUCCGGCUCAGCCUCCUCCCCGGUCGCCCUGUUACACGGCUACCAUCGCUGCUCGCGCGCGCUCUUCGCUGGCUGAAGGCCGCCGAAGGUAGUCUGAUCGUCCCCGUAAUGAAUCGCGUCACGCAGCGGGCUAAUCAAAUACCCCCCACGAAGCAUCGGCUUCCUCCAUACCACGCACACGUACUCUUCAGAGCGUCUCCAGCGGUCGAGUUGGCUGACUGGGGCGAGUGCACGGAGGCACUGUGGCGCAUUGCAAUGACGGCGGAUGGUGGGCGUGAAAUGCGCGAGGCGUGGGAUGAGUUGACACCGCGGAUGCUGGUAUGGCGCUCGCUGGUGGGCCAGGCAGGCAGUGAAAUGGGCGAAUGGGUGAGGAAAGAGGUAGGGGGGAGCAUUCUGACAUGA